AAUCGAACACAUUUGUGGGCUGCACAACAACAUGGCGGGGUAGCUACUGCAGAUAGAGAACGGAGUGACUCGAUGUUGUUUUAGGAUAAGACGAUAACAUGGAGUCCACUGAUUUGGAGAGGGAGGACGCUCCUAGCUCACUAUCUGGAUAUGCCAAUGGCGAGAUCAUGACCUUGGAGAUCUCAGAGGUCUCUCCAGACUUGCUUGUUCUCGAGGUAAAGGACAGCAACCUACCUGAAAGUAUCCAUGGCAGCCUGGACAUGGAGAUGAAUGCUGACUUUCAUGAGGAUGAUGAUGAUGGGCAUGGUUUUGCAAAUAUGGAACUCCAGUUCUUUCCCUGUGAUGCCUGCGAAGCCUCCUUCACUAGCGAACCAGAGCUGGAGCAGCACUUCAUAAGCUCUCAUUCAAUAUGUGAUGUAGCAAGUGAGAGAGGAAGACAGAAGGCCAAGUCAAUGGAAACCGAAGGUGUCUCACCCCUGCACACCUGCAUGACUUGUGGAAAGGUGUUCAAAUAUCUAACUUCAUUCCGAAAACAUGAGGAAACUCAUAUCAAAGCCCUGUACACCUGCAAGACUUGUGGGAAGGAGUUUAAAUACCUAACUUCGUUUACAAAGCACAAGGACACUCACGUUGUACCAAGAACGAGAGGAAGAGGAAAGGGUAAGUCGAUCAAAGCAGUUGGCCUAAGUGUCAAUAAGAAAAUGAAAGGCCUUCACACCUGCAAGCACUGUGGUAAGGAGUUCAAAUACGUAACUUCUUUCAUAAAGCACGAGAAAACUCACAGGAUCACGAUAACCAAAAGAAGCAGAAAAAAACAGAGGAAACUUUCAACUUCCAAGAUUAUUAUACGUCUUGAAGGCAAUAGGAAAGAUGCCACAGAAACUCAUAUAAGGGCCAACAAGAAAAACAGGAAGAACAGCGAAGACACUAAGGAUCAGAAUGAUCAGGAUGCAUGUAUUUUAAUAUCUUCCGCUGAGCAGCAAACGCCUGACACUAAACGUUCUCCUCCAUUUCCUUGUCUGGACUGUGGGAAGAUUUUUAAGUUUUUCAAAUCUUACCAAAAACACCAGAAAAGACAUGCUUGGGCCCAGGGCAAAAGUGAAGGAGUGCCUCCUAAACAGAAGCACGGACCAGAAGCGAAAGAAAAUAUUAGAUGUCCGGUUUGUGGUAGAGCGUUCAACAAGCAAACAACUCGCACCAAGCACCAGAACACUUAUCAUCUGAAAAAUAACUUGCAUAAAAACACAAACAUUUUAACGUGCUGUGAAUGUGACCGCCAUUUUGAAAAGGCAGAUCUUUUCCAAAAGCAUAAGUGCUUCCACCUGCGUAAGCAAGUAAAGGCUUUCAUAGAGGCAGGUAGGGUGAGCCAAGAUGGGGAUGUUUUCUAUUGUCAACUCUGUGUCCUACAGCUCACCAGUGGACUAGAGUUUGAGAAUCAUGCCAGGGACAUACACCCGGACCAAUACCGCAAAAUCCUUAAAGCGGUUGGUAAUAUCAUUAAAGACACCUUGAAAGGCUUGCAGACACGAAGGGUUGACAAUCAGUCAACAAGUCAGGAGGAACCUGAAAUAGACUUAAACAGUGUAGGAGAGACGGAGGAAGAUGGAUCGCGACAAUUCAUUUGCAAGAAUUGUGGGGAAUAUUUCAUAUAUCGCGUUUCGUUUACAUUUUGCGGGAAGUGUUUAAAGGAUCGCAAAGACCGCAGGAAAGCAUCCAAGGUGUACCACUGCGAGGAAUGUGGCCAACACUUUGGCCGAAAGGAUCACCUGAAGCGCCACAGCUAUUCUCAUUCUGGCAGUUCCUUUGUCUGUUCCGAUUGUGGUGUUAAAUUCAGGGAUCCGGGAGAGUUGCGUACACACGAAAAGACUCAUCAGGUGAGAAACCAUGCCUGCCAGCGGUGUGAGAAGCGGUUUGAACAGGAAGAGGAAUUGAUGUUGCAUCGUGAAAUUGCUCAUCCUGAACCAGGCGGUUAUACAUGCCACCGGUGCGGCAAGACAUUUAGUACAGUGAAAAAUCUGGGAAAACACAGAAUGAUCCAUUCGGAUAAAACUCCCCAUGUCUGUUCAAAUUGCGGUACGAAGUUCAAGAGGCGAGAGCACCUGAGGCGGCAUGAGAGCCUGCACACCAACGAGAAACCUCACCUUUGUCAUUGUUGUGGGGAUACAUUCGGGCGGAAGGAGGACCUUAACACCCACCUCGGUAAAAUGCACAUCAUAUCAAGACGUUUUCUUUGUAAAGCUUGUGGGACAAGUUUCAAGGACCGUAACGCUCUCAGGAGACAUAGGUAUCACGCUCACACUAAGGCUGGCAAGGUGUUCCAAUGUGAGGCGUGUGGCCUAAGCUUCGGUCGGGCGGAUCAUCUGAAGCGCCACCAGCACACACAUUCCACUGAAAGACCCUUCUCGUGCUCAAUGUGUUACAAAGUAUUCCACCGGGCAGACAACCUCAAGAAGCAUGAAAGAAAUCACAGGAACAAGUGGUUGGAAUACCUGAACCGCCACAAAACGCCCAAGCAGGAGAGCAGAGUUUCUGAGAGCUCCAAGUGGAAACUGCGUCGCUCUGAAGCAUCUGCCCUACUAAAGCUCAUCCAGAGUCACUCCAAGCAGCAGCAACAUACCUGCUACGUUUGUAAAAAGACUUUCAGAGGAAUUUACUAUCUAAAGAGGCACCGUCUACUAAACUGCUGUGUACAAAGAAAUAAAAUGAUGGAUUCAUUCCGAUAUGGAACUGUUAAAUAACCUACUUUGUGGUUGAUAACCUGACAGAUUUAGAAGUGAAACUUCAUUUUAUUUUGUAGAACUCGUUGGUGUGUUUUUGUAUAUAGUGAGCUGUAGAGCUGGGACGAUAAACUGAAAAUGGUCGACACUGACCACACCGAUCGCUUAUCGCAGGCAUUUAGCUGAUAUCGUUCAUUAAGAUAAGUAGCCUAUACUAGAGAAAUGUGACGUUUUGAAAUUAAAUACGUUUGCUAAUAUGGGUGAUUGUUAAUGGGACAAUUGAUUGUUACAACCAUCAAACUAGGAGAAGUAGUACUAAACAAUAAUUUUUAAAAAAACGGUGGUGCACAUCGUUAUAAACUUGUCGUGCGAUUUUAUCGUUAUUGCAUCAGUUCAGGCAAUUUAUCGUGGUAUGGAUUUUUUUUUGGUCCAUAUCGCCCAGCUCUAGUGAGCUAUGGCUUGCUGUAUCUUGUAUUGUCAUGCAUUUUCACAAUGAAAAUUAUUACAUCAAAAAUAUUUAUUUUCUUGUUUCCUGUAUCAUAUACCCCCCCCCCCAUUCAUAUCUCCAAAUAUCCUUCAACAUACUGGAAUUGUUAUUGUAGCAGUUAGGAAGAUUGCAUGCAUACUUUGUAGUAUACCGUAAAUUCCGGACUAUAAGCCGCAACUUUUUUCCCACGCUUUGAACCUCGCGGCUUAAACAAUGACGCGGCUAAUAUAUGGAUUUUUCCCGCUUUCACAUUUUUUUUUUUUCUUCAAAUAAACACAUUCUGUGACGUGCUCAGUUUUUUGGCGGCAUAAAGCUUUCAUUAGACCAAUGAAAUUGCAGAACGGGUUAAGGUCAAACAGUGACGAGAGCGACAAUGAAAACGAUCCAAUAUCGGAUGAAGCAAUUCUGAGGCUAUUCAACUCCGACACCGAAGGAGAUGACUUCAGUGGUUUCAGUGCACAGGAGGAGGAAGAUGGUGACCAAUGACUUUCUUGGUAGGCUACUGUUUACUGCUAAUUUUAAAUUUUUUGUUACAAGCCGUGUUUCGUUAAAGCCUGUGUAAAGUUCAUUUGUUUCAAUGUACCGGUAGGAACCUGCGGCUUAUAGACAUGUGCGGCUUAUUUAUGUUCAAAAUAAUACUUUUUUUAAAAUUCAGUGGGUGCGGCUUAUAUUCAGGUGCGCUCAAUAGUCCGGAAAUUACGGUAGUUCUUACUCUUUACUCUUUUGUAUUACUUUGAAAGUGAACAAUGAAACACAUGUCGAUUACAUACAAAAAAAAUAUGGUGUAAUAAAGAGGAAUCACUAUCC